GUUUGCUCUGCGGCCUGCGCGUUCUAUAAUUUUGACAAGCGGGCCACUGCUCCCGAUCAAACGUUUCUAUUCCGCUUUGCCGACCGGUGACACCCAGUGAAGCUUUGAUCUUACCUGUCAAGCCCCUCUCUCGCACUCACCUGUGGUCACAUGACUUGGCCUACCGACCGGAACCAGGCAAGCGAUUGUAACGCCAUCUAAACCGUGAGAGAGGACGACGGAGUGAAUGUUGUUUCCGACUGCUCAGGGCAGGAUGUGAUAUUAUGAGGAUAGAGACUGGUUCGGAAUUUACCCUGUCCCUGCCUUGGCAUUUGUGAUAUACGGACGCAAGUUUGCAGGGGUGUGGAGGAAUGCCAGUGAUAAGGAGGCGGAAGCUAUGGCAUCAUGCAAGAGUGAGGGGUUCUCUCCCCUUUAUCGAGCAGAGGAGGAUGUUACUGGCUGGCGUCUGACGCCGCUUGCAGUAGCCUAAACGCAACAGCAGACUCUUGGAGGAAUUAUGUUUACGUCUGGGUGCGUCAGCGUGUGUGUGCAGCGAGGUUAGCGACCUGACAGUUUACUUCUUAUAGCACGGCAAGGGAGUAGUGCUGUUGUUUUCUUACUCGUCGAGUUUGGAGAAUUACUGCGUGUGGUUAAGGGGAAAUCCCGUUGUUUUUUUUUACUCAGAGAAGUAGGUUACUAGUGGUUAUUGGUCGCAGGAAAAUUGUGCAGUAGAUUCUUUGAUAAGAAAAUUUGGAUUGUUUCUGAAACAUCACUGAAAAGUAAAGACAACGAGACUUUGAUUCCUGUUUUUUAGUACAUCGACAGGGUAAGUCCCUCUUCUAUAGGUGUGCGGCAGUGCUCACUUGGCUGUGACAUAUUUGUGUCGCACCUGGGAUACUCGCGUAAGACACCUGUGACACACCUGGCUCACAUCUUGUUGACACUUUUUCUCGCCAGUGACACACCACUUCCACAUCUGGGAAACACGUGUUAAGUAUCUUUUACUUAUACGAGUUAUACUCAAUUGCGACUCUUCUGGCUCACACUUGAGGCCCACCUUGGGCAGGGCUGAUACAUACCCGAGGCACACCUUUGUCAACCUUGAUAUACACACCCGUUACACACCUGGUGCAUAACUGAUCACGUGACCAGCAUGGAGCACCACGAGCUGGUGCAGGAGAUGCCCUCCAUCGAGAGGAUGACCACGCAGGACCGGCUCAAGCACGCGCGCAAACGCCGGUCACAGCAGAUGAAGAAGUGGACGCAGUAUGAGCGACAGCUGGACAAAGAGAGCUCCAAGAAGAAGAAGAAACAAGAAGUGCAGCAACAGCAGCAGCAGCAACAGCAACAGCAGCAGACAGCGUCACAGCGCCGGGGCCACCGCAAGAAGUCGGAGCGAGUCCGGUUUGUGGCCAACAUUGCUCUGCUAGAGUCUGCGGCCAGAAAUGAUCUGGAAGAAGUGCGCAGAUUGCUGCAGAGCAACGUGAGUCCUGACGUGACCAAUGAGGAUGGGCUGACAGCGCUGCACCAGUGUUGCAUAGAUGAUAAUGAGGAAAUGCUCAAGCUGUUAUUGGAGUACGGGGCCAAUGUGAAUGCAUGUGACAGUGAAAUGUGGACCCCCUUGCAUGCAGCCGCUACCUGUGGUCAUGUGACCCUGUGCAAGCAUCUCAUUGACAAUGGAGCUGAACUGCUGGCUGUGAAUGCCGACGGAAACAUGCCCUAUGAUAUCUGUGAAGAUGAGGUUACUCUGGAUUACAUAGAGACAGAGAUGGCUAAAAGAGGUAUCACCCAAGAACAAAUUGAUGAAACACGACUGACAACAGAGCGACAGAUGCUCAAUGACCUCAAAGACUUUGCUGCUAAUGGAGGAGAUCUGGAAGUUAAAGACAACAAUGGUGCUUCUAUGCUUCACAUUGCAGCGGCAAAUGGCUACCUGGAUGUGGCGGACUUCCUGCUUGACCACCAUGUUGCGGUGGAUACACGAGAUACUGAGUCCUGGCAACCCAUUCAUGCUGCUUCCUACUGGGGACAGAUGGAAGUCCUUGAGAUGCUUGUUCAAAAUGGUGCAGACUUGGACUCCAAAACAAAGAAUGGAGAAACCCCGUUUGACUUAUGUGAGGACCCAGAUAUAAAGCAGCGGAUAUUAGACAUGAAGGAUGAAAUAGAAACGAACAAAGCCAGUCGGCACCGGCCUGGCUCAUCCCGGAAACACAAGCACAACUCUCGAAACCUCGCCCCUUCCCACGUGGAUUCCAUGUAUAGCUCAAACACAUCUCUCAACUCUAAACCUAGCGGCAGCUUUUACAUGGUCCCAAGUGCUUCAAUGCGUCGCAGUUCCAUACGGGGGGAGAAGAGCAGCUUGUUCAAGAAGGAAGCUCAUGAGGAAGCUUUGCACUUUGGCCUACGCCUCAUGCAAGAUGAGGAGGAGCUGACGGAAAUGGAUGAAGAGAAGGAAAAUCUUCCUGCCACGAACAUAGAUGAUGUAACGUUAUCAUUUGAAGACCACAUCCCAUCAGACGCUCCAGUGUCAUCGACUUUGUCUUCAUCCUCAUCACCUUCCCAAGCGGAGAACAGCAAGCUCUCCAGAUCUGAUCAAAACUCCUUACAGAGGCCAGAAGCUAACAACGUGGGCCGAGUGUCCACAGAGAGACUCCCCGGGGGGAACACUGUGUCAGACAGUGCGGGUGUUCCCGUGGUUCCCGUGGCCGCACCGAGGGGCAUCACAAACCAAGGGAGAGCACCGCCGCCAGGUGCCGCUGGCUCCACCUUGAAUGAUCUGAAAAAGUUUCGCAGUGAUUCAAAAGACGUUCCGGAGAAGGACCCGAGGAAGGAUGCGGUGGACGCACAACUUCAGAGCAUGUUCCUGGAUAGUGUGCCCAGCAGCCGCCGCAUGGGAAACAACUCUAACACCACCUCCACCUCCUCACUGCCGCCGCAGCAGCCACAGCUACACUUCUACCCUCCGCCCAUGAUGGAGAGGACCAAGAACGGCCACAACAACAACAACAACAAUUCCACGUUAACGCCGGACGUGGGGGGCAGCACAACCACAACGACGGCCAACGCGAACGACGCCAACUCGCAGCACCUCAACUUUCGGGAGGGACAGCUACGCAGGUUUGUGGCUCCGCCCAGCGCACCGGUGGUUGGUUCUGAUGAGGAUGAAAAGCAGAAUUGCUGUGUUAUAUUGUGAUGGUGGGGCCGGUUGGUCACUGUCAUCUUUUACAUCAGCCCUUCUCUCGCCGGCUCUUGCCGCCACACAGUGUAUAUACAUUGUCCGUUCACACAGUUUCACCCUCAUAAAACCAGGUCAAUGGGAUACAGAAAAUACCGUGAUACAGUGAAGAAAAAAACAGCAGGUUGGGACUGAAGCAUGGUUCAAGAAAAUCGACAUAGCAGUUGACAUAGUGUUCAUUCAGUAUCGAGAUACAUUUAUCUUAACACUCAAUGGGUCCUACAUUGUUUUAGUUUUUUUUUUAGCCUGUAUUCUUUUUCUAGCAGAUGUCUGUUAAAUAAAAAUUAUUGAAAUGAAUUAUUGUUGAUGUGGCAGACAUUUAAUUUAUAAUUGGAUAGUAGAGUGGGGAGAUGGAUGUUAAUGAUGUUUGGCCCAUCAUCUAUCCCAUCGUUACCAAUGUAACUAGAGGAGAGUGUGAAUGGAAUGUACUCUCAGACCUGACUGUAUGUCAGCAGAACCAUUCAUAUAGGAGUGGAUUGGACAGUGUUCUGUCAUGUUUUGGCAGCUCUGCCAGACCUGUUCAUGUCUUGAAUGUCCGAUGGCCCUGCUCACUAUUUGUGCAAGUGUCUACUGCAAUAGAAGUGUCUCUUCAUGUGUGGAGGGGUUGGUCUUGUGGUCAUUUUCAAUGUCUUUUUCAAUGUCACAAGUUUUAAAAAAGAUAACUUCAUUGACCUUGCUUGAGUCAUGUAGCCUGGCAAAAAGAGAGGAAGUUCUGGAAGAGGAUGAUGUAAAAGUGCCCAGCUGGGAGCAACUUUUUAAUAGAAAUUUCAUGCACUUGCAAGUGUUGGUUAAUGAGUGAUUAUAGAAUUAUAGUUGUUUCUCCCUAUGAAAAUCCCCAUCCCAAAUAUAGUUAAUUUGAAAACAUGACAAAAUUUUCAGAUGAUUUCAGAAUGUAAUUUAUUUCUCAGAACAUGCCUUUUAUUUUCACAGGCUGCAAUACGUAACAUAGGCAUGAAAGAUGAGUUAUGGUCUGUGCGUAGUAAUCUGUAAUUUCAACGCGUGUCAGUGAAAAGGAAAAGAUGUACAAUACAAUUUUAAGUAUGAUUAACACUUUUCUGAUAAUGCUGUAUAGGAUUACAUUUCUUCAUCUCAUAUGCCACUUAAAUAGAUAGUACACUUGUUUAUGUAUUGCAAGCUUUGUUGUCCUUGGAAACAAAAUGGUUUUCUUUAGGACAAGGUGCUAUGAGCAGACAAAUUAGUUGUGUGCAGUUUGUAAUGGUUUGAACGUCUACUUAAUGAGUUCUGUCGGAGUAGUUUGGUCUAGAAAUUCUCUUUAUUUUUGUAGUUUAUAUGUGAGGCUUGUUAUAAGCCCUGUGGGCAGUUUGGAAGUGAUUGAAUUUACCUCUGCAGUCUCGAUAGACAGAGACCCAGUAAGAAUGUUGAGUUCCAGAAACUUUUUGUGCUGUUUUGUUUGUAUGUGAGAGACAUAAAGGGGUGUGUUUUGUCAUAGUUUAGAUUUUUGAUGACGUUGAGAUUAAAAGAAUCACUAUUGGUUGGUAUUGAAAUGGUAUGUUUUUGAAAGAGCCCACUGAUUUUUGUGAACAUCUCCUGUUGCUCAAAUGUGUGUUCACACUGUAUUCUGAAGUCCUUGUACUAUGAAGGUGGUCACUUGUGUCCACCUCCUCCCCCUUUCCCCUCCCCCCUCACUUCCCCUUCCACUUUUCCUCCUUCUAGCCCCUAUACUUGCAUGUAAGGUUCCCCAAAGUUACAGACCCCAUAUUUAUGAUAUAAUCUUACCAGAGAACACGAUGGAGUCCCCAUCCAGUUCUCAAAUAUCUUUUUGUUUCUGCAAACUGCAGAUGUGUCUGUGCUUUCGUAAGUAUGUGGGAAUGAUGUCCCCAAGAGAUCUGAGACUGUUGAUGUAAUUUUUUGCUUUUUGAAAUGGGAAAGGGGAGAGGGGGGGGGGGGGAUAUGUCUGUUCCUUAUUUGAGUUUGUUACUGGACAAAUUGUUGGUUGUUGAUCAUUACAUGGGGACCACCUCAUCAUGGGACUUAAGCAUGAAGAGGUUUUAUAUACAUAUAUACAUAUUUACAUUUGAAAACACAAGGGUAUCGGCCUCGAAGAAUGUGAUAACUGAUUUUGAUUUGAAGUUUCUGACAAAGACGGUUGAUGAGCUUGUUUUCUCUAAAAUGUCACUUUUAUGUUUGAUUGGCUUGUAAUUUGAGAACGCAAGAGAACAGAAAGUUGACCAAGUUUUUAUUUCAAGACAUGAUUUAUUCCAAUCUCUUUGCUGCCUCUCAUAUUCGGCCCUGUUGUUGGUAUGUAUGUUUACAAGAAGAGGUUGUAAUAACAGUGAGGAGGACAUUCCUAUGCAGUUGCGGAGACUGCUGCUUUUUCCCUUUGUUGUGAUGAGAAUGUCCUAUUUUUGUAUGAUUUUAAUGCUCCACCGUGGGCGAUUGGCAGGCUCUCUGUUGUGGUUUGCCUUAUCGCCUUCUUUCCUACCAAACAUUUGUCGUCUUAAUCUCUCUUCCUUCUUUUCUUUGUAUCUUGUUUCUUUCUAGUAACACCUCUAAUCUUGGGUACUUAAAUGACCUGUUCGUGUUGCAAGUGUUAUAAAACUCUUAACAAAACUAAAAAACCCCAACUAAACUUGUGCCCCACUAGACACUCAAUGUCAUUUGGAAGGCAGGCACAGCAUUGUGGGGGCUUCUGGGAUGUGUCUUGGUUUUUUUUCUUCUUAAACCGUACCCUUCUCUCAACAGAGUGGUUUGAAAGUUGUCUGUCAUGAGUAAUAAGUAAAUACAAAAGCAAGCUGCCGCUCCUACACAAGGUAGUGGCCCCGUGUUGACAGGGAAGUUGAUGCCCUUGUUGGUGGGAUGCUACACUAUUCAUCCCCCACCUUGCCUUCUCCCUUGUGUGACUGCCAGUUUAUAUAAAAGUUACAUACAACAUUUGGUAUGUUGUAUUAUUGAGGUUUGUCUCAGAUUGAUAACCAGAAACAUCCUAUAUAAUAUUUAAUUGACACAAAAAGUUAUAAACUGUGCACUUAUAAAGGUUGGAAGAUUUGAUGUACAUACAUCAGCCAUGACGAAGUCUGCCCUUCUGAUUUAUUUCCCGAGUAACAAACUAAGUUUCUUUUAAUCUGUCUAAAAGUUAAAUUAUUGAUUCCGGACAGAUUUCUGUCUGUUCCCAUUUUUUAAUCAUAGACUAAUCUAAUUAGGGAAUUGUUUGGUGUUUGUCAACCAUACCUGUUAAACCACCUGCACUUUUUUUUUAAAAAGCUGCUGUAAUGAAUGGAGCCAAAGACUCGAAACCAGAUUGACAAUUUUGUUUUCCAGAACUGGACCAUAUUGAUUAAGUGGUUAUAUGUAAACAAGAGAGAGGUUGUUUCUUUUUGUAGUCUGAAUUUAUGGAAUAUCUAUAAUAUUCUGCAUGAGUAAGAGGAAGGUCACGCAAGUUGUAUUGAAUGUUGCAGAGAUCUUAUGACUUGUGUGUGCGUGUGUGUGCAUGUGUGUGUAUGUAUGUGUGGUUUGGUCCUUUAGUAGUACACAUAGGGUGUGUAGACAGUGUGAAUUUGUCGAGGUAAAAAAGGUUCUACCUGUGUGUGGUGAAGUGGGGUCAUUCAUUGUUAUCAUUUAACUGAGACAUGGUUGGUCUCUGUGAAUUUUGAGUUUGAAAGGAAUUAUGGUUGGGCGCUCAAAAAGUCACAUCUUGUGCACACUGUACAGGCAAGGAGAAUCAACAUAUAAUAUUCAUAAUAUUAAUUUGUCAGCAAUGUUUUUAAUGUUGUCAAGAGUGUUUUACGAUUUCUCAAAACACAACAUUUCAUUGAUGCUGUCACUGUGUACAUACAAACGAUGACUCGAUAAAAGAGUAAGUAAUGAACUGUUGGUUAUUUUAACUUUUUUUUAUAUAUUGAUAUUUGUAUAACAUUGAUGUUGGCAUUGCUGUCAGCGGUCAGUUCUUCAUCUUGUGUACCAUAAUGUCUUGUUGCCUAUAUGCUAUCCUGUUGUACUUGCAAGCUGGACCUGGACCUCCCAUUGGAAAAAAACGUUACUAUUUAUAGAGGUUGUAAUCAGUGUACAUACUGUAGAGACAUUGUUGUCUACGGCCCUUCCUUAGUAGAGCUGGCCAAAAAUGGAGAUAGUUUUCAUUGAUGCAAUGUCAUAUUCUGUUUUGACCUUCAAUGCAAUGUCACAUUUUCUAUUGUCAUUUAAUGUGUGUGUGUGUUUGAUCACAACAAGCCUAUCUGUCUAUGAUCACUGAUCUGAUGGUUGUAAACCCCCCCUCCCCCAAUCCCCUGCUACCACACCCCCAACCACACCACCACAUUGGGGUGUCUGUGCUGUAAGUGUAAAUAACUGGCCCUGACUGACCAGUGGUUCUGUGAUUCUGUCUGCGGUGUUCCUUCUAGAGCAUGCUGCCUCCUGUUCUCUUCCUCAUCACAAGUCAGCCGCUCAGUGGAAGACUCUGUCGUACUUGACUUUUCCAAAUGGUGUAUGGCGGAGUGUUGCACUAAGCAGUCGAAAUGCUCUGUGCCAGUAUUCCCUGCUGCUUUCAAUUUCUCAUGUGCUGUGUGUACAUUUGUUUUUUGUUUGUUUUUUUUGUUUUUGUUGUUAAUCUAACAUGUAAAGAAUGAAUGUAUUCCCA